AUGGCUGUCACUCAUCAGGAUCUUCUUCCAUGUCCAAGGAGAUCUCAAUUGGGCACCAAAAUGGGCACUUUUCUCAUGGUUUUGACCAUCUUUUGUGGCUCGUGUUGCUUCGUUCUUUGCCUAAUUGCCGAGUCCACUCGUUCUCGGGUGAUAUGGAUGGAUAUAGAUGAAAAUAAUAAGGUCGGAGAAAAGAGAUGCUCGUACAGCGGCAGCGGGAAGACGCCGCUGCUGUGCACGGUGAGCGCCUUUCUCGGGAUGGCGGUGAUGAUGGUGGUGCAACAUUUGUAUGUGUUGAUUGCAGUGAGUAAGUCGCCGCCGCCUGCUCUCAUUGCUUUGGAUCCUUCUUUUGCCAUUUCCAAAUUUCUAACCUUUCAAGGUGCUUUCUUCUUCGUUUCAACAUGGAUAAGUUUUGGCGUGGGAGAAAUUUUGUUGUUAAUUGGAUUGUUUGUGGAAUCCGGCCAUCUAAAGAACUGGUGGACUCCAAAACAGAGCUGUUUGGCGAUCAAAGAAGGUUUAUUUUCAGCCGCCGGAGUUUUUGAAUUGGCGACGGUGUUCCUCGCCGCCGGGCUGUACGUGACGGCGGCGCGUGCACAGAGAAUGUUUGAAGAGCAAGAAAACGUGAGAAGAGAGGUGGUGGCAAGUUACCAUAUCCACAAUUCACCGCCGCGGACGCCGCCGCUGCAGACAAUGCCGCCGGUUGGGAGAGAGGACCCUGUAAUCAUACAAAGCCACCAACAAGAGGCCCCCUUGUCGUCGCUGCUUCACACCGCCGCUUCCUGCAAACUCUCUCCUUAA